AUGAUUUCAUUACAUAAUAAAUUUAUUAAAAAUAAAAUACAAAAUAAUUCAAAACAUAUAAGAUUUAAUAAUUAUUUAUCAUUUUCACCAUUUAUUAUAUCAAAUCAAUAUUUAAAUUUAUAUCAAUCUGAUUUAAAUGUGAAUUGUUCAUCUAAUUUAAUAAUCAAUAAUAUUAUCAAUUUAGAUACAAUAUUUCAUUUAUUACAUAAUUAUAACACAUCAUUAUGUAAUAAACAAAUGUCAUUAGUUUUAAAUGAAAAUUUAAAGCAAUAUUCAAUCAUAUCUAAUAUAUUAAAUUCAAAUAACCCUCUUAAUAAUAAUAAUUUAUUGUAA